CAGAUCAGCCUCACUGCAGCUGCAGCUUCUACUCCUUCAUUCUUCUGCAUGCGCUUCGACUGAGAACACACCUCAACACAUCUCGCUUUCAGCAAUGCGUCUUUACAACACACAGGUAUCCAACAAAAUGGGUCUUCGGAACACAGAAGAGAGACAUCACUGCUGGAUGGCCCCACCUCACCAGGGGACUGAGGGUAGACAACAGGAGGGCAGUGACCUCAUCCAACUGAGGAGGCUGCCGCAUCCCAUCCUGGCUUCUCGCCAACACAGGGCCCUUCACCGAGAGCUGCUUUUCUGCCACAGACGGGGUCUACUGCCCAGAAGUAAGCCGGAGCUGCAGUGUGUUCUGGACCACAAAAGGACAGAGCAGCACAGGCAGAGGGAGCUGGCACUCUGUCCUCCCUCUGACUUUGAGGUGAAGCUGCGCACAAGGAAGCAGCAGAUGCAAGUUUACGAGCUGGAGGAAAAGAAGAAGAGCGAGGGCCAGCAGAACGUACCAGAGUUUGUCCGUGUGAGAGGAACCCUGAAACGCAUUCAAACGUUUUCCUCAUGACGACACAAGGGACAAAACUUUUAUCA